AUGAAUGGUGGCGGUGGAAUAGUCAAUGUCCCUGUCAAGGAAAUCCCACGAACACUAAAACAACGUAAAAAGAAUUGGAAAUGUAAUUAUCCUGGAUGUAAUGAACCACCUAAAACAAGAUAUAAUUGUUAUGCACAUGUUUGGGAUUCUCACAUUAAACAAUUUCUUGCAGAAGAAGGAAAUAAUCCCGACAACAUGUUAUUAACAUCAUUUAAAAAUUCUAAUGAGAAAGAUAAAAUAAAGAAAAUUUGUGAAAGAUACAUGAUUAAAUUAGUUGAUAAAACACAAGGAAGACAAACAUAUCCAUUUGCAUUUACUGAAACACUUGCACCACUCAUUGGAGUUGCACUAAAUGAACUUCAAAAGAAAGAGAGUCAAAGUAAGAAUAAACAAGAGGAAAAAAGAAUAAGAGGUAUAGAAGAAAAAAGAGAGUUUUUAGGACAUAAUGAGAUAAUUAAAACAGACAGUGAAACUACCGAAAAUAUAUUAAAUAAUAGUCAAGAGUAUCAAAUAGUAGAAGAAAGAAAUAAUGAAGAAUAUCAAAUAAAUGAAUUAUUAAAAAUUAAAGGAAUUAGAAAUAAAGUACAACAAUUAUAUAUGUUAGGAGAAAUUUUUUCAAAUGAAGGAUUUCUUGUAAGGUCAGAUGAAAGAAAUAAAAAAGAAAUUGAAAAAAUUGAUAAAGCAUUAUAUGGAUUAAAACAUUUAUCUGGUAGAGAAUUUAAAUAUUUAAGAGACCCAGAAGAUAAAACACCCAGAUAUGGAUUUAUUGCACAAGAAGUUAAAGAAAUUUAUCCUGAAUUAGUACAAAUAGAUGAAGAAGGAGGACUUACAGUAGAUUAUCUUGGAAUAAUUCCUAUUAUGGUAGAAGCAUUAAAAGAAAUAGAAAAAGAAAGUGAAACAAUAAGAAGAAAUAAAAAGAUAGAAAGUGAAAACCUUAAUUUAACAAUAAAUAAAACAAUUAAAGAAUUAAUUAGAAUUGAAAAAGAAUUUAAAGAACAAAAAGAUGAAAUAUUAAAACCAAUUCAUAAAAAAGAAAAAAGAUCAACAAUUAGUCAUUGUUUUGGACCAACAUAUUUCGUUAUUUUUAUGUCAAUUUUAUUUUCUAUUAGUGCACUUAUUGUUCCGCUCAUAAGUCCUGUUUAUUUGAUUGAAAUAACACUUAUCUUCAUUAGUUGUAUUUUAUGGAUAUUUGUUAUUAUUAAUAAUUCGGAAGUAAAAGAAUUUAUAAUCAAAAAAGAAAGUUUGAAAGAAACAUUUAAAGAAAAUAAUUGGUGGAGUAUAUUACAACUUACAAUAUGGUCAAUAAUCAUAACAAUAAUAAUGAGUUCAAUAACUAUAACAUUAAUUGUAGGAAUAAUGGGAGUUUUAAUUGCUAUUCUUUAUAUUAUUUUAUUUAUUAGUAUAUUAACAAUGCUUUUACUUGUAUAUUUUAAUUGUUCAUAUAAUUAUAGAACUCUAAUUAUUUGUAUUGUAUUUUCUUCUUUUCAUGUCAUUUCCCUUAUUGCUUUAAUAUCAGCUAUUAGUCUCCAACCUUUCCAUUAUUUUGAAUUGACUCAUUAUAAUAUAUUAACAUCAAUUCAAACAAAUGUUAAUCAAACUAUUGUUCCAAUUGCCUUACCUCCAUUACCAUGGAAUUGUUAUGACCCAACAUUUCUUUAUUCAACCCCUUUACCAAAUGAAUUAGAAUUAGAACUUGAAACAAAAUAUAUUAAUCGAAUAACACCAUAUCUUCAAGGUAAAGUUACACAAAAAGUUAAUUAUAUUGGAUCAAUUAAAUUACAAUGUGGAGUAACAAAGAUAGAUUAUGCAAGAAUACAUCUACAUGCUUACUAA